UAUGGUCUGUGGCGUCACUGUCAGCUGUCGUUUCAUGGAGCAGAAACCAACAAUUUGAUGUCGAAGUUACGUUAAGAUUUGAUUGUCUAACAAAAAUAUCCUAAAAUGUCGGACGGCGAUUUGAAGGAAUAUCAUUCGAUAGUGGACCGAAGAGCUAAGUUUUACAAGGAAGAAUGCGCGAAGAUGGAAGAAAUAUUUAAGAAGCUUAAACUUCGCGACCUGGAAUAUUUAACGGCCUAUUUGGAUGACGGCGACAGUGGUGAAUUUGUGCUGGAAUUGGACAGAGCGAGAGUUUGUCAAAUGUAUAUGGCCCAUUUGAAGAAAAGUAUUCAGUAUUUCAUCAAUUUAAACAACAGAAUCUCGUCAGACCUGCGAUAUUUUGAAGAGCAGUCGCAGCAAAGCCGACAAGACUUUGACCAUGUAUUAAAAACAUUUUCGAGAGAUAUCAAUCAGCUGAAAGAAAAAGAGAGCACAUAUCAACGGGAACUAACCAAAUUUGAAAAAAAGUAUCCAUGGUUGAGCGAUCCCGAAUACAAUCUGACCAGCAUAAAUCAGCACGUUGAUAGGCUAAAAGCUUUAAGGGAAGAAAAAGAGUCUUUGCUUAAGGAAGUCGCUAAAUAUCAAAAUUUGAAACCGGAUCUGAAAGAAGCAAGGCAACAAGUCAAUGAUUUAAAAAAACAGUUGUCUGAAUUAACAUUAUGAUUUGUGUUUCUUUUUUUUAAUUGUAAAGUGAUUUAUUUUUAUAAAUUUAAUGUAA